UUAAAGAUGGUCGACGGCACUAAAAAAAACUCUUGUGUGUGUAGCUAGCUCGCCGGGAAAGGAAAAACUACGAAGAAAAUGGUUUUCUUUUACUGUAUUAACAAAAAGAUACUGAUAUAUUUAAUCUCGAUUCAUCACUUCUCCCAGACAGUUUUGAAUUUUACUCAGGAGCGUCACUCGGAUGUGUUUUGUCAAGUUCGUUAGCUAGUUAACUCCAGUUGGCACCUGAUACUCAAUGAACUCAUCAUACUUAAAUCACUUCGUAUGAGAGGGAGCAGUUAUUGCAGUAAACCCUUGGGAACGUUCUGCCAGACUGAGUCACCUUGAAGGUAUCCAAGAAGUCCUCUAAAAGUGGUUUGUUCUGCUCAUGCCUGUGAAACCACCAAUGGUUUCAUGCACUCAUCAUGAGGUGUGUGUUAUUGACCACGAAGGACAGGUAGGACUUUUGACGUCUCACACCAACACCAGUAAUCUGCAGCAAGCAGCCAUACUGUCUACACAGCGAGAGGAAAUGCUAAUACGACGUCGUCCUCACUAUAGCGAUUAAAGAAAAUUCAUCGAGGGCGAAAUGAGUGGGAUCGUGGAUUUAUCAGUAAAGAAACGCAGGCUGCUCAUAGAAAUGCUGUCUGAAGAAAUAUCGCAGAAGCUUCCUCGGGCUCCCCAAGUUGCCAGCAGACUACUUUGCAACUCCAGAGCUCGGUCAUUGGAGGACGGCCACACGUGACUAUGGCACCCUUCUGGCUGAACCCAAAUGAACAGUUUCAGUGCCCAGUGGACCCUCUGGUUCAACACCAUGACAAGGGCAAGCUGGACAUCAAAAGCAGGAGUUGCAGUCUAUUCACCAUCUGCCACUCAGGAUUAAUUUUUCCCUGGAUGAACCCACGGACACCUGACUCAAAUCAACCAGCAUCAGUCAGCGGUGGUGAGGAGGCCGGCUUCCCAGGCAGAGGCAGACACGGAGUCAGGAGGGAGAGGACGGCCUUCACCAACAGCCAGCUGCUGGAGCUGGAGAAGGAGUUCCACUUCAGCCCGUACCUGUGUCGGCCUCGGAGGCUGGAGAUGGCCGCAGGGCUGCAGCUCACCGAUCGCCAGGUCAAGAUCUGGUUUCAGAACCGCAGGAUGAGAUACAAGAAGGAGCACAAGUACAGAAGGGUGGCGAAGGCGUCCCAGUGGGCCCCGUGCAGCCCCUCCCCCGGCCUGAGCUCAUGUGCGGGCCGCCUGAGGUUCCCAGGUGCAUGCGUUGUCAGAACUUCUUCCUCCUCGUCCUCUUCAGAUCUGUACUUCAUGGAUUACGGUCAUAUGUGCACGUCCCCCUUUGGUUCUCACAGUGAGGCAAACAGCAGCCAGUAUGUUCAUGUUGAUCCUGUGGACCUGCCCCAUCUGAACUGCGUACCUCCAUCUGCCGCAGAUGGUCCACACUCAUCCCGUCCCGGUUUAGAUGGUAGUCAUCACCAUGCUGGUCUGUAAAAACUGGCCCUUGGGCCCGAUAAUGGCCGUUCCUCCUGUGCUCAUCAAAAUCUCAAUGAUACAGCUACUCUUACUUACUUAUGAAAGACUGGUCGACGUCUGAUUAGCAUCCCUGGAUAGAAAUCCCCUUAACAUGCCCUUUUACUAUUCACUGAACAUUUUAAUUAAAUUAUAUGAACUCAUCUUAAUUACAGAAUAACUGCAGAGAUGUAAUUGUGUCUGUCAGUCACAGUGACUGAAGACUGUGAGUCCUUUCAGUAUAGCUUCAUACUCAUGGCUUAUAUUACACACGGCAUGCACACGACAUUUCAAGGACAUGUUUGAGCAAUGAAAUGAUCACAAGCUGUUCUUUUUUGCUGUAAUUUUGUGACCGCUGCAUUUGUAUUGUGCAUCUUUGCUGCAUGGUUUAAUCACACUAUGAGUAAAUUUUGUCUGAUAAUAGAUAAGUGCUUGUCUUAUAUCGGGUUUGUAAGUGUCACAUUAGGCCUCCUUUUCAUAUGUUGUGAUUAUGUAAUGUAAAUAGUGGGUAAUUUGUGUACAAUGUUUUAAACUGUGAAAUGCGCUGAAGAAUGUUCAUAUUGAAUGAUGUUAUAUUUUUGU